AUGCCUAACGUUGGUAGACCAAGUCGUGACUGUCACCUUUGCAGACAACGUCGUGUGAAAUGCGACUUGACCCAACCAGAGUGCAUCCGAUGCACACGUCUGGGGAAGAAAUGCCCAGGGUAUCGAGAUGAGUCUGACCUCUUGUUUCGUGUUGAGAAUCCAGCCUCUUUCGCCGAUGGCACCACGCGAGACCGCCGCCGGAAACACGGGGGCAAAGCACCACCAGACGCCCGGCAGCACUCGACAGCCCCUGCACAGUCCUCUGAAAAUGAGGGAGGGCCUGCAGGAUCGACGAAUACGGGAGGUGUGUUGAUUCGAGCAGACUCACAAGACACGGUGAUCUUCUCGGGUUGGUAUUUGACGCCCUCUCGAAAUUCGGCGGAAUGCUGGGACAGUCAAGCCCUGCCGCUAUGUUUAAGCAACAUCCGCGCUCCCGUACAACAUCGAAUGGUCUUUGGCUUCUUAGGAUUCUUACCCGAAAUGAUAGCGAGAUCCGGAGAGGAAUCAUCCGUCGCACUAACAUGUCGAGCAAUUGCACAAGCCUUCAUCACCAACCAACUUAGGACGCCUGAAGCACAAUCUCAGCGGGGAAUAGCCUAUGGCAAGGCUUUGACUUCGACCAAUGCCGUUCUUCGAGACCCUGCGCUACAGACGCAAGAUGAGACGCUUACCUGCGUUUGGCUGUUGAGCUUGUACGAGCUCAUUGUCGGUUCAUCUUCUCCCACACAGAACGUUGGUCCGGUCACUUGGAACGUCCACACCCAAGGGCUAGUGAGCUUGCUUCGACUCCGGGGAACUUCACACUUCAGCACGCCGAUUGAACGCAAUCUAUUUUGGUUGGUUUACAAUACAGUGCAAAUUCGAUGUUUUAUCGCAGGUGUGGAGUGCCCACCCGAGUCUCUGGAAUGGCUCCAAGCGCUGCAAACGAACCUGCGAGAUGAGGAAAUGCACUUACAUCGCGUCUGCGUUUACGGUUAUCACGCAUCGUUCAUUUGCGCCAAAAUUCGGACAGUCAUCAGUCAAGGCAUCAUCUCCUCGCCCAAUCCCAGUCUAAAACUCCUCGCCGAAGCCGAAACCCUCGAAAGGGAGGUAAAUGAACAGUUGAUUUCCCUCCCUCAGGUUUUGGACACGAAUGCCCUAGGACCUGAACUCGGCGAGACCCGGUUGAAUGUUCGAGACAUUACCGUCAGGACAUUCUAUUGUGCAUUCAGGCUCAAAACACAUCUCACGGUGAUAGAACUUCUGGACCUGAUUCGGCUUCACAUAUCUGGUAUUGAUACAGAAAUGCUAGAGAACCAGUGUCAGCAUCACGUUAUGAAGACCCAGAUGUUGGCGGAUGAGAUAUUGGCAGGAGUCCCAUUUCUUUACCAGUCGAGGGACGCUCCAGCUGAAUUUCAGCCAGGAAGACCACGAUAUUGGACCGACGGGCUUCGUCUGUUGUGGCCCCUGCGGCUCGUGGCUUAUUGGCGAUCUGUUCGCGAGGACCAGAGAAGAGUUGCAGGAUCCUUCCUUCGACAUAUAAAGGAGGAGCUGGGGAUUCAGCAAGCCACGGAGGCAUUCAUUCCUGGCACUCUCAAUAUGGGUCAGGAUCGCUAG